AUGGACCAACAAAGAUUUGUUCAGCAGCUUGCAAUUGUCCUAGAUCCUAAGAAGGGCGAUGUCAAGAACGCCACCAGCGUGCUUCAGAACGAAUUCUACAAGCACCCCGAGUCCCUCCUCUUUCUCAUUCAACUCGUCAUUUCACACGAUAGUCCCGAUCUGAAGCAACUUGCCGCUACUCAAGCCCGUCCUUUAGUAUCGAAACACUGGUCCAAGAUCCCUGCCGACCAACGACAACAUGCGAGAAGCCAGCUCUUCCAGGCUGCCCUCUCCGAACCCUCUUCUCUUGUCCGACACUCUUCAUCUCGUCUGAUUAGCUCAAUCGCAAAGAUUGACCUUGACGAUGGCGAGUGGCCCGAAUUGCCAGGCAUGCUGCAACAGGCAGCCACGAGUUCUAAGGCAGCCGAGCGUGCUGUAGGAGUGUACGUGCUUUACAGCAUUCUCGAGACGAUGGGUGAUGGAUUCAGUUCAAAAUUCAAGGAGCUGUUUGUGCUGUUUAGCACGACAAUCAAAGACCCGGAGAGCCUCGAAGUGCGGGUCAAUACCAUGCUGGCAAUAUCAAAGAUGGCUCUUGUCGUCGAUCCAGACGAGGACCAAGCAUCGAUCAAAGCAUUCCAAAACAUAUUCCCCUCCAUGGUCGCUGUCCUGAAAGACACGAUUGAUGCCGGAAAGGACGAACAAAUCAUGCUGACCUUCGAGGUCUUCAACACCCUGUUGACUGCCGAGUACCAACUCAUGUCAAAGCACUUUCAAGAAUUGGUCGUCUUCAUGAACGACAUCGCUAGCAACACUAACAUGACUGACGAUGUUCGAACUCAAGCUAUUAGCUUUCUCAUGCAGUGUGUGAUCUACAGAAGACUCCGUGUGCAGGGUGCCAAAAUGGGGGAACCCUUGACGAAGAGUAUGCUCCAGAUUGUCACAGAGAUAGAUGACGAUUCUUCCGAUGAAGACGAUAUCACACCCGCUCGAUCAGCGCUGGGGCUGAUCGAUACCAUGGCCCAGUCUCUCCCUGCCAGCCAGGUUGUGGUGCCACUACUAGAUGCAUUGCCCCAGUUUUCAAACAGUCCGGAUCCAAAGUACCGCCGAGCGGGUAUACUCGCCCUGGGAAUGGCCGUCGAAGGCGCCCCCGACUUCUUGAGCACUCAGUUGUCUUCGGUAUUGCCUGUUCUCUUUACUCUAUUAGAGGAUUCGCAGGUUACUGUCCGACAAGCCGCUCUGCAGACGACCGCCCGACUCGCAGAUGACAUGCCAGAAGAUGUUACCAAUCAGCACGAGAAGUUGAUGCCGUUGCUGGUCAAGAACCUGACUGCUGCUAUGAGUGUGUACAAGGGUGAGGAGGAAGGGCCCGCUGUUGAUAUUAUGAAGUCCGGCACAAGUGCCAUUGACGCGGUCGUCGAUGGUAUGGAUGCGCAAGACGCCGUCCAAUACCUGGAUAAGUUGGCUCCGCUUUUGCAGCGACUCUUCAAACAUCCCGACUUCAAGAUCAAAGCGUUGGCGGCGGGUGCGCUCGGGUCACUGGCUUCGACAGUCGAGGCACCCUUCCUACCGUACCUCGCGGAAUCCAUGAACUCUAUGCAAGAGUACAUCUUGAAGAAGGAGAGCGAGGAGGAGCUCGACCUUCGCGCCAGUUGCACAGAUGCGAUUGGGGAGAUGGCUGUUGCUGUCGGGGCUGCCGAAUUCAAAGACUAUGUACGUCCACUUAUGCAAGCAAGUGAGGAAGCCUUGCACCUUGACCACUCAAGACUCAAGGAGAGUACAUAUAUCUUGUGGGGUUCUCUGGCCAAGGUCUACGAAGAAGACUUUGCUCCUUUCCUUGGUGGUGUGGUGCAGGGGCUCUUUGCAUGCAUUGACCAAGAAGAAGCGGACUUGGAGGUCUCACUCGGAGAAAGCGCAAAAGAUCUACUUGGAAAGGAAGUGACCAUCGCAGGCCAAAAGGUCAAGGUUGCAGCGGCGGAUAGUGACGACGACGCUGAGGAUGGCACUAUCGAAGACAUUGACAUCGAUGGUGAAGACGACAGCGACUGGGGCGAUCUGGCAACCGUCACACCAAUUGCUCUUGAAAAGGAGAUUUCAAUCGAGGUGAUAGGCGAUAUUGUCUCCAACACCAAGACAGCCUACCUACCAUAUUUUGAGAAAACGAUCGAGAAGCUGCUCCCCUUGUCAGAGCACAGCUAUGAGAAUGUGCGGAAGGCCACCAUCAGUACCUUGCACCGGGCGUAUGCUGCGUUGUACGAUGUGUCAGAGGAGUCCGGCCAACUUCAGAAGUGGAGGCCAGGUCUUCCGGUCCAAGUCGAACCAACACAAGAGCUCAAGAAAUUCGGCGAGAUUCUAAUGACUGCGACGUUGAAUGUGUGGACCGAAGAAGACGAUACUGCCACGGUUACAGAGAUCUCAAGAUCUCUCUCGGAGAAUCUCAAAAUGACAGGACCGUCUCUUCUCUCCUACCCUGAAGUCCUUGCCAAGAUCAUUCAGACGGUGACCGAUCUGAUAACCAAGAAGCACCCGUGCCAAAUUGACCUGGCGGACGAAGGACUGGACGAAGAAGAUCUGGAAUCUACAGAACUAGAAUGGUUGGUCGUUGACAGCGCUAUGGAUGUUAUCUCUGGCCUUGCUGCCGCCCUUGGCCCCACUUUCGGUGAAAUCUGGAAGAUCUUCGAGAAACAAGUCUUGCGUUACGCGAGUGGUGGUGAAGCACUCGGCCGCGCGUCUGCUUGCGGCGUCCUUGCAGAGGUCAUUACCGGGAUGGAAGGCGCAGUCACCCCUUACACGUCACAGAUGUUGAACGUACUGCUCAAGCGUCUCAGUGAUGAGGAUCCGCAGACCAAGUCCAAUGCAGCGUACGCUGUCGGCCGUCUCGUCGAAUACUCCAGCGACGACGCCACCAUCGUCAAAGCAUACCCUCAGAUUCUUCAAAAACUCGAACCCAUCCUUCACAUUCGUGAAGCACGCUGCACAGACAAUGCAGCUGGCUGUGUGGCGCGUCUGAUUCUGAAACACAAGGACAAGGUACCCGUGUCGCAGGUCCUGCCAGCUCUCGUCGAAGCUGAAAUCCUACCUCUGAAGGACGAUUUCCAGGAAAAUGAGCCAGUGUGGAAGAUGAUUGUCGAGCUCUACCGUCUCCAAGACCCGACAGUACAACAGCUUACUCCUAAGCUCGCUCCAAUUAUGCUGAGCGUGCUCGGUGAGCCGCAGGAUCAGUUGACCGAUGAGGUACGAGAGCAGGUGCAGGCCCUUGUGGAACACUUGAAGAGCAUACACUAG